AUGUACUAUCAUGAGGAUGGUUAUUUUCUGUUGCGAUUCAAGAGCCACGACGAUAUGGAUGCUGUGAUGAUGAAGGGACCGUAUACACUUCGCAACAUUCCCCUGAUUAUCAAAGAAUGGAGACCAGAUUACAAUGUGAAAGAAGUUCUACUCCGAACACUUCCCAUUUGGAUCAAGCUACCGAAAUUGCCUCUUCAUCUGUGGGGUGCUCGAAGCCUGAAUAAGAUUGGAAGUAUUUUGGGAGUUCCUUUGGUUACAGAUGAGUGCACAGCUCAUAAAUUACGGGUAUCUUAUGCCCGGAUCCUAGUGGAAGUUGAUAUUACAAGAAAGUUACCUGAUGAAAUCACCAUUAAGGAUCUUGAAGGGAGAAAAUUGAAACAACAAAUUGAAUAUGAGUGGCGGCCAAGAUUUUGUGAUAAAUGCCAGCAAGUGGGGCAUACUUGUGGAAUAGAGAAGCAAAGGAAAGUUUGGCGGCCAAAACCACCUGAUACUAAGGAGCUAACAUCGGAUACUGCUACCAUUGUGGAGACUGCUCAAGUAGAGGAACAACAAUGGACAACUGUGGCAAAAUCUAAUGGUGACAGAGGUAAGAAAAAGAUUGUAUACACUGAUCCUCCGAAUGAAAUAGCUUGUGAUAAUGGAUUUGAUGUCCUAGGGAUUUUGAAUGAUCCACUAGGCAAGCUAAAGGAGAUUAGCUCCCAUCUCCAUGAGCUUAGGCCUGAUAUUAGUAUUUUAAUUGAAACAAGAGUAAAGAGAAAUAAUGCUGAAAAGGUUAGGGGUAAACUUAAUCUGCCUGGAAGCUACACUGAUAAUUACACUGCUCAUACCAAUGGUCGUAUUUGGAUACAUUGGAGUGAUAAUAAUAUUGAUCUCAAAGUUGUUAAAACCUCUAGUCAAUACAUUCAUUGUGGUAUAUAUGGUAAUGAUGGUACUUUUAGACAUUGGUUGACAGCAAUAUAUGCUCAUAACCAAUUGGAACAAAGGAGAAUUCUGUGGAAGAAUCUGGAUGAUUUAUUCAAAUCUCAGCAGGGUCCCUGGUGUGUGGUAGGAGAUUUUAACAAUGUGCUAACUGCCAGAGAUAGAGAAGGUGGCAACCUGGUGAUUGAAAAAGAGUAUGAGGAUUUUCAAGGCAUGAUGAAUGAUACAGGACUGGGUGAAAUGGAUAGCACUGGGGAUUUCUUCACAUGGGUUCUUGCUAAUGUACAAUGGUUCCAAGAUAAUGCUGAUGCUGUUUUGCACAUCCAUCCUCCUAGCAUAUCUGACCAUGCUCUUCUGCAUAUAUCUAUCCCAAAGAGACUACAAAGAGACCUUAGGACACUGCAUACACCAAAGAAUGACAUUAAGAGAAACAUUGAGAAGUGCAGGAUGGAUCUGUUGACAGCCCAGAAUAACUUGAGGAAUAAUAGGCUGGAUGGUGAUCUAAUUGAUAGUAUCAAGAGAAUUACUGAUGAAUUGCUUAAAUGGAAUGCUAUGGAGGACUCCAAACUAAGACAAUUAACUAAAGUGGAUUGGUUGAGGAAAGGGGAUGACAAUACUGCAUUUUUCUAUGCUCAAUUGAAGGCCAAGCAGAAGAGGAAAACAAUAUAUAUGCUCAAGAGGGCUGAUGGUUCUGUAGCUACUAGCCAGGAAGACAUAGUAAAAGAAAGUAUGGAGUUCUAUGGUGGUUUAAUGGGAUCUGAUAGCCAGGUACAUACUUCCAUAGAUAUCCAGGCAAUGAGGGCUGGCAAACAACUCACUUGGGAUCAGAGGACAUACCUGCAAGGGAACAUUACCAUGAAGGAAAUAGAAACUGCACUUAAAGGUAUAGGAGACCUUAAAAGUCCUGGGCAUGAUGGCUAUGGUGCUAAAUUCUAUAAAGCUAGUUGGACUACUAUAAAAGUUGAUGUGGUGGCAGCAAUCCUUGAAUUUUUUGAUACUGGGAUCAUGCAUAGUAAAUUCAACCAAACUGUGGUGACUUUGAUUCCUAAACAUGCCUCUACUAGCACUAUCAAGGAGUAUAGACCUAUAGCAGGUUGUACCACAUUCUACAAAAUCAUAGCAAGAAUACUCACAACAAGGCUUGGUAAGGUACUUCAAAGCAAUGUCAAUUUGUGUCAGGCUGCCUUCAUUCCUGGCAAGCAGAUCCAUAACCACAUAAUGCUUGCUUAUGAAGUUAUUAAAGGUUAUGGAAGGAAGUAUGGAACCCCAAGAUGUAUGAUGCAACUGGACCUCCAGAAGGCCUAUGACAUGGUUGACUGGAGGGCCCUCAAUUGUAUUAUGAUGGAGAUGGGCUUUCCAAACAGAUUUAUAGGCUGGAUCAUGUCAACAGUUACUACAGUUUCUUAUGUGUUCAAUGUUAAUGGGCAAGUGACUAAUUCUAUGAAGGCAUGCAGAGGGAUCAGACAAGGGGGUCCCCUAUCCCCACUCUUAUUUGUCAUAAUGAUGGAGUACCUCAAUAGACUUCUUGUCAAAAUGCAGAGAAACCCUACCUUCCACUUUCACUCAAAAUGUAAGAAACUUGGCCUGAGUAACCUAAUCUUUGCUGAUGAUAUAUUGUUGUUCUGUAGGGGAGACAUAGAUUCUGAUAGCUUGAUGAUGCACACAGUUAGUAUAUUCUCCAACACAACUGGCCUUGUUGUAAAUCCUAAAAAAUGUAAGUUAUUCUAUGGGGGUCUCCAAGACAAUGCUAUUGCUGCCAUCAGGAAUAUCAUAGGUUUUGAGCUUGGACAUUUACCUGUGAGAUACUUGGGAGUGCCUCUGACUUCUAAGAAACUUAGUAUCAACCAUUACUUGCCACUAAUAGAAAAGAAUCUGGAUAGGGUGAGGCACUGGUCCACUAGACUCCUUAGUUAUGCAGGGAGGUCUCAACUCAUACAAAGUGUAUCUAAUGCCAUUGCUCUAUAUUGGUUACAGUGUUUCCCAAUCCCAAAGUCUGUAUUGCAUAAAAUUGAAUCUAUUUGUAGAAGCUUUCUUUGGACAGGGAAGGAUGUGCAUAGUAAGAAGAGCCCGAUAGCCUGGAAAACUGUGUGCCAGCCCAAACAGUGUGGAGGCCUUAAUAUCUUGAAUCUUAGUGUGUGGAAUCAAGUUACCUUGUAUAAGUGUCUUUGGAAUAUCCAGAGAAAGGCUGAGAAUCUCUGGGAGCUGAAAUUUCCCAUGAAAAGUGUGUAUGCUCAUCUGUUGAAUGCAGAAAGAAUCAAUUGGAGUCCUCUUAUGUGCUCUAAUCCAGCUAGACCUCGUGCAACAUUAUGUCUAUGGAUGCAAUGUCAUGGGAGGCUACCUACAAAAGAUAGAAUACUCCGGUUUGGUUUUAUUCAGGAUAAUGUGUGCAGCAUGUGUAGACAGGAUGUUGAAACAAAGGAGCAUGUGUUCUUUGAAUGCAGAUUUCCCAGAAGUAUUUGGUGUACUAUUUUGGAUUGGAUUGGCAUUAAGCACACCCCUCUGAUUUGGAUAGAUGAACUGAGAUGGGUUAUUGAUAAUUCUAACAAGAAGGGAUGGCGGGCCAAGAACCUAAAGCUAGCAUUUGCUGAAGUGGUUUAUGGGAUAUGGUCCCAUCGCAACAACCUUAUAUUUGGUACAAAUUCUACUGCCAUUCUCCAGACUAUCAGAGAUUGCAUAUAG